AUAUUAAAAGACUAGAGCGUCUUGCCCGCGCCAGCACAACGGCUAUUUCGGCGGUGAACAUCGCGCAGCGGAUUUCGCCACGUAAGCCUACCAGAUGGCACAGGCCUUUGUGAAUACACCACGCCGGAUCCUCUUUCUAGACGCCUACGACUCUUUCUCCAAUAACAUUGUCGCUCUGAUCGAACAGAACACAGAUGCUAAAGUUACAAAAGUCUUCAUAGAUGACGAUCGCUUCUCAACCAGUAGGUUGUCGGUUGAUCCAACCUUCGCCGAGUAUGCGCAAGACUUUGAUGCAGUCAUUGCAGGCCCUGGUCCUGGAUGGGCUGGAUGUGACAAAGAUGUAGGUCUCAUGAAAGAGCUCUGGAAUCUUCGCGAUGGAGACACUCUGCCAGUUCUAGGGAUUUGCCUUGGCUUCCAAUCCUUGUGUCUGGCGUUUGGCGCCGAUCUCGAGAGACUGGUUGAGCCGAAGCAUGGCAUUGUAACGGCGGUCCUGCACAAAGGGCAAUCGUUGUUCAGAAAUGUAAAAGAGCUGCAGGCCACUCAGUACCACUCAUUGCAAGUCAAGCUCGGGCAUCCAAUCCAGACAAACCGAGCAGUGCGUUAUCCGGCACAACUAUGGGAGUCGACGGAAAUGUGUCCUCAACUGGAACCUUUGGCGUGGGACUUCGACAGCGAACACAAUGGUGCAGUGCUCAUGGGCGUGAAGCACAUUCAAAAGCCAUUCUGGGGUGUGCAAUUUCACCCCGAGUCAGUUUGCACAAAUGAAGAAGGAGCGCACAUCAUUCGGAACUGGUGGGAAGAUGCACAAUCCUGGCGGCGAAGGAAGAUGUUUAGCCACGAUGCGGGUAAAGCAACCUUGUCGUCUUCGCAUCUGCGACCAAUGACAUUUGGGGACUUUCGGAGAGAUCUUGGAUUCUAUACGAGCACCUACACCAGGAACGAGCCUGCGAGCCACAACCCACACCCGUCUGAGCUGGCCUCACUAAUCGCUUAUGGCGACAAGAAGACACUUCCAUGCUUGCCCCCGAAAGUCGUGCACUGCGUCACUACUGGAAGUGGUCGACUGACAGUCGAGGACGUCUGCGAAGUAUUGAAAAUCCCACGGCACGAAGCGAUUGUGCUGCAAUCCGGCCUUCAGGAGAAUCUUGUACCCAUGGCAGUCGGUACUGGGCGUUACAGCAUCAUUGGUCUAAUAAUCCCUGGGGAGACUCUCCGGUUGCAUUACUACGCAGGCAGCCACAUCUUGCAGCUCAGAGAUGGGAACGAUAACGUACAUACGCAGUGGAAGGAGAGUGACCCUUGGCCGUUCUUGUCUCAUACCUUAUCCCGUCUUCGUAUCACGAAAGGGCCCGAAACUUCAACCUGGGCUCCUUUUUGGGGUGGUUUCAUGGGUUAUGCGUCCUACGAAGCAGGGCUGGAAACGAUCAACGUUCCUGUUGCAGAGAACGCCGCAUACCCGGACAUUUGUUUUGCGUACAUCACCAGGAGCAUUGUGUUUGAUCACCAGACCAAGAAACUUUACAUACAAAGUAUCCGGGGACUCGACGACCAUGAAUGGAUCGAAAAGACACAGAGCCUGAUUCACAGCACUGCUGACGCCAAAUCUCGAGAAUCCACACCAACCUCCACACCGAUGCCUAAGCCAGAUCCCUUUGAAGAAUUAGGUCCCAUGUAUCAGUACAUCAACUCAUGCAAAAAAGCUUUUGCAGAUCGCGAGACAUACUGUGAGCAAGUCCGCUCUUGUCAAGAGAAGAUUGCCGACGGUCAGAGUUACGAACUUUGCUUGACGCAUCAGAACGAAGUUCGUGCGCGCAAACCGGAAGCCUGCCGCCUUUCCAAAUCCGAGGACUGUCAACACUCUUGGAAUCUCUACAAGCGACUCGCCGGCCAGAACCCUGCACCUUUCAGUGCUUACAUGCGCAUGCAUAAUGUACAUAUCCUCUCGUCCUCUCCAGAACGCUUUAUAUCCUGGUCGCGCAACCAGGCUGCACAAUGCCGACCCAUCAAGGGUACUGUCCAGAAGAAGCCUGGUGUCACAGAAGCACACGCUCACGCUAUACUGUCAUCUUCCAAAGAGCGUGCGGAGAAUCUCAUGAUCGUCGACUUGACUCGGCACCAGUUACACGGUAUCUAUGGCUCCGAGAACGUACAUGUUAGCCAGUUAAUGGAAGUGGAGGAGUACGAGACAGUGUGGCAACUCGUCACCGUUGUCGAUGCGAUACCUUCAGGCGUUUACAAGGCCACCGCCCCUGAGUUGUGGGAAGACCCUGUCGACGGCUCUUGUGGACAUAGAGCGCCCGUGGCGAUACCAAAUCUCGGUUUUCAGGCCUUCGUUGAGAGUUUGCCACCUGGUAGCAUGACUGGCGCACCAAAGAAGCGGUCUUGUGAACUCUUGCAAGAGCAAGAACAGGGCGUCAAGAGGGGCAUUUAUUCCGGCGUACUGGGCUACUUCGAUAUCGGUGGUGGAGGCGACUUCAGUGUGGUGAUCCGCACGGCGAUCAAAACGGACCAAAAAUCGUUCCAUUCCUCUGCUACUGCGCCCACUCAAGGUACCGACUCCAGUGCCACCUUCCGUGAGCCCCCACGGAGAUGGCAGACUACAGAUCUUUGGCGUAUACCCGCUGGUGGUGCCGUGACCUCUCAGUCUACGCCCGAAGGUGAGUACGAGGAGAUGCUCGCCAAGGUUAGGAGCACGUCACGCGCUUUCGCACAUAUACCACCUCCGCCGCCAAAACCAAAGAAGUCGCGGGUGGAGUUGAUCAAUCCUGAUCAUCCAAACUACGAGGCGUUGUGGAACGAUACUCUCAGGGGCGAGGACGGAGAGGAUAUUGACAUAGGGUCGACAGAUGUCGAAGCUUUAUUGAGGCUGUUGCAAGAGACGGUUCAACGCACGCUGGAGCAGGGGAUUGCGAUUGUGGAUGAUGAGGAGAUAGACGAGGAGGAUGAAUGAUUGGGCUGUCAUUGUGAUAUCGCAGAUUACGUCGUGCUUACGAGGAUGAGUGUGAAGUGGAAGCGGGGAGUUUA